CCGCGCUUUUCAUCUCGCAUCAAACCUUCACCGUGCAGCGCUGACAGGAAAUCAGAAAGCUUUCAAAAUAAAAUCACAAGUUUGUCAAACAGGAAUGCGAUCAUUUAGGUUCUAUUUACAUGUACAAAAAUGUCUUUGUUAAAAGUUGAGAAAAAUAUUCAAAACUGUGUCAGCAGCAAAAUGACAGAGAUCCACACACAAUCUAUAUAUCUAUCUGUCGUCGGUUGCUGAGUUUUAUUUUGAAACUCCCCAGCGGAUGUGGUGUUUGUAAAUUCGCCGGUCUUGACCCGGGCUUUGGGAGAAUCUCAUUCACUUCAGGUUAGGGCUCCCGUUGGAGUAACGACUGGAAAGCGGUCGCUUCUGGGGUCCAAAACUAGCUGGAAAACAGCACGAAAUGAUUCCGUUGCGCUUCUAGAGAGAAGGAUAAACGGCUUUAAAAGUCCCCGCUGGACCACAGAGAAGACCCGCAUUGAUGAAUACGAUCGCACUGAUUGAUCCGAACCGAACCGUGUGUUUGUACGCGUUAAUGUGAGUGCGUGUUCCCGUUUGGACUCGCGCACAGUCACAGGUUGCUAGCGGAUUGGACGCUAACUGAGCUAGCCGAGUUAGCAGGCAGGGGGACUUCAGAGCCGUUUCCCCCCGUUUCUGGGGCUAAGACCCGCCGGGGUUAACCUGAGAAACCUUGACAGGCAUUUCCCGACAGUCUGUUGGAUGAUUCAGUCAUGAUGCGGGGUUCUGCGGGACGUUUGUCAAGUUGGCCGGCUGGUAGCAUCGGCUGACUGCAGCCUAACGACAGAGUUGGUACUUUUCCUCCUUUUUUUAGACCGUUUCUUUUAAAGCUGGACUUUGCCUCUUGAGGGUUGCAGCCCACCCGCCUCUGCUGAGUUAAAAUCACACGUUGGCUCUGUUGGAGAGGGAUAAACACACUCAAGGUUUUUAUGUGUGUUUUUGACUGGAAGAGGUAAAAGAAAAGUUUGGUUUGGAGGUUGAGGAGGAUUUUUCCGAGUCCGUGUGGAAAAAUGGAUGCGGGUAUAGAGAAGGAAUGCAGCGCCUUGGGAGGGCUUUUCCAGCUCAUCAUGAACGACAUGAAGGCCAGUUAUCCCACCUGGGAGGACUUCGUGUCCAAAGGAACCAAGCUGCAGUCCCAUCUCAGAACCACCAUCGUGCUCACUGGAGCCUUCUUGGAUGCUUUCCAGAAAGUUGCAGACAUGGCGACUGGGACCAGAGGAGCCACCAAGGAGAUCGGCUCAGCACUAACCAGGAUGUGUAUGAGACACCGCAGCAUCGAGUCCAAGCUCAAACUGUUCACCACAGCUCUCUCAGAAAGUCUCAUCACGCCGCUCGAGUUAAAAAUGGAGGAGUGGAAGAAGGUGGCGAGUCAGUUGGACAAAGACCACGCCAAAGAGUAUAAGAAGGCAAGAGCGGACAUCAAGAAGAAGUCCUCUGACACAAUCAAACUGCAGAAGAAGGUGAAGAAAGGGAAGGACGAAGCCCGCGGUCAGCUGGACAGCGCCCUACAGGACGUCAACGUGCGCUACGCCUUCCUGGAGGAAACGGAGAAGCGAGCCGUGUGCCGGGCAUUGAUAGAAGAAAGAUCUCGCUACUGCAGUUUUGUCAGCAUGCUGAAGCCUGUUCUGGACCAUGAGAUCAACAUGCUGGGCGAGGUGACCCAUCUGCAGACCAUCCUGGAAGAUCUGACCGUCCUAACAGCUGAACCCAGUAAACUCCCACCAACUAGUGAACAGGUGAUUCUGGAUCUGAAAGGCUCAGACUUUAACUACACCUAUCAGACCCCCCCAGCGUCUCCCAGUAACAUGUCCAGGAGGAGCAGCAUCAGCAGUUAUCAGUGUGGGUCAGUGAGGCACGUUCCCUCCUUGGACUCGAUCAGCUGCGCUGUGGAUGGAGUUCACCUCCAGCCCUCCUCUCCCUAUCUGCUGUACGGCUGUGAUGAAAGUGGGCGGUCCCUCAGCGAAGGGAACUCCCCCUCACGCCUCAGUCGCCGCAGCAGCCGUGGUUGCUAUGGUUCCACCGCAGACUACGGCCGCCACGCCGCUCAGAGCCGCCGCGUUAGCCGCAGGGAUAUGACCACCGAUGCUGUCGGCUCCACCAAUCAGCUGGCGUCUGCAGGGACCGGGGGUCCGGAGAACGGCCUGUUGCCCCCCCCACACAACACCUACGUCCACCAGGGAGAAAGAGCUCGAGCCAUGUCUGCGUCUGGGAAGUCCUCCUCUGCGCGGGAUCAGCUGAUGUUGGGUGGGUUAAAUUCGGACGCCCCGACGAGCAGCAGGGAAUCUCUGCACUGUUCGAGUGGCUACAGCACCCAGACCACCACCCCGUCCUGCUCAGAGGACACCAUUCAUACACACACUGUAAGGAGAGACCCUCCUCCCUAUGCCGACUACGAGUCCAUCUCUCUUCACGGAGACACCAUCUCCUUUCAUCAGCUGUCUCACGGCAACAGCCAGUCCGACUUUGACAAGUCGUCGACCAUCCCGAGGAAUUCCGACCUCAGAUUCCAGUAUAAGGAGUUCGCUCAGUCCAAACGCCCGAUGUCCACCAUCAGCCUGCUGGCCGAAGGCGAACUGAGCAGCAGCUCCGGUUGGCAGCUCUCUUCCCACACGGCGACCAUCAGACGCAAACCUUCAUCCAAGUCGACGUAUCGCAGAGGCACCAUCAGCGGAGGCAUUCCCAUUCCCAUCAGCACCCCACAGGUUCCCCUCAAAGCUGUCGGAGGAAACGGCAACAGUGACGAGAAUGUUUUCAAGGUGCCCCCUCCUGGAGGAGUGGGUGGAUUGGGUCACAACAGGCUCUGCACCUCAACUCAGAGUCUGAGCUCCUUACCUUCCUCUUCCUCCCCGUACUACCAGUUCAUCCCAGGACAGAUGCCCAUUCCGGUGCCUGUGCCCACUGUACCCCCUGUGCCACCAGAGGGCGGCAACAUCAAACAGCAGCAACAGCGACAGCACCUGCAACAGCUGCAGCAACAGCAGCAAAUCAGCCAGCAGCUCAACCACCAGCAGCAGCGAGGUCAGCUGCAGCAACAUCAGCAACAGUUUCAGCAACCGCAGCAACAUCAGCUCCAGCAACUGUUUCAGCAACCGCAGCAAGAUGCUCAGCAACAUCAGCUCCAGCAACUGUUUCAGCAACCGCAGCAAGAUGCUCAGCAACAUCAGCUCCAGCAGCAGGUUCAGCAACCGCAGCAACAUGCUCAGCAACAUCAGCUCCAGCAGCAGGUUCAGCAACCGCAGCAACAUGCUCAGCAACAUCAGCCCCAGCAGCAGGUUCAGCAACCGCAGCAACAUGCUCAGCAACAUCAGCUCCAGCAGCAGGUUCAGCAACCGCAGCAACAUGCUCAGCAACAUCAGCUCCAGCAGCAGGUUCAGCAACCGCAGCAACAUGCUCAGCAACAUCAGCUCCAGCAGCAGGUUCAGCAACCGCAACGUCAGCUGGAACAGCAAAAUCUGCAUGUUCACUUUCAGCAGCAGCAACUCAUGCAGCAACAGCUGCAGCAGCAGCUCCACAUGCAGCAGCAACAGCGGCAACAUCAGCAACAUUUUCAGCCUCCCCAGCAGCUGCAGGAGCAUCUGCAUCUCCAGGCUCAGUGGAAUCAGUUUGGACCACCUGCUGCAGGUCAGAAGCAGAUGAUGUUGCAGCAGCAGCACCAGGCUCAGCUCCAGGCUACUGCUGCUGCCCAGGUCCAGCCCAACAACCUGGAACCCAGACUCAACCAUCAGUCCCUGAAUGAUUCCUCCAGCCAGGAUCAGAACCCUGAGCAGCCGGGCCAGGAGGGUGGAGGAGUAGACAUGCUGACGCUCAUCAGGAAAGUAAAGCUGAAACAGAGCGUCACCAACGACCGCUCUGCUCCCCUCCUGCCGCCUCCAGUUAAUCACAACUGAGACCAAACAGCAGAGUGGUGACCUCCUCCUCCUCCUCCUCCUCCUCCUCCUCCUCCUCCCUCCUCCUCCUCCUCCUCCUCUGAUGGCGGAUAAAUGUUUACAGGCGUUUCGGUACCGGGUGCAGAGACACAAAACUUUACUGUUUAUUUUGAAACAUCUGCUUCCUUUAGGACGUUCUGCUUCUGUUUUCAGGCUUUUUGUUCUGUUUGAAUUUUUCAUAUCUGAGUCUGAAUUUUACAGCCGCUCCUCGUCAGAUAAUCAGGAUCAGGAAGCUGUUUGGGUCUCAGUUUCUCGUUGGUCCGCGGUGCGUCUGAUUAUUUCUGCCUGUAGACCUCCAGGGGGGUGAAGUUUCAUGGUGGAUCCAUGCUUUGAAUGUGUUUUAAUUUACAGGCUGUGGAUCCUUGUUGGAUUUGGAGAAGUGAGCUUUCAGGUGGUACUAGAUCAUCUCAGAAAGUUAGACACUGAUUCUGAGAGAUAACCUGGACCCAGUCUGUGGAUCAAAACCAGCAUCUGAGGAGGCCUAUCUUGGAAGGUCGCUGAUGGGGUCACAGGUUGGGUCCCCGUGUCUCUCAGGGGAACGCAGAAUGAUGAGAACCAGUGAAGCAGCCUCCAGCCGGAGACACCAGAGAUGUUUAGGACCAGGGAGAAGAAUCCUGAGUGCUGCUGUGAACAUAGCUGGCUAUGAUGAGCAGCUUCAACAAUCAGCUAAUUUAGCUCGUAUUCCUCAGAAUAAUAAACCUCACACAGGAUUCUUCUAGAUCUUUUAGAGAAAUAUUUGUCUUCUUCUGUUAAAUUAAGAUCAUUAUUUUCCAAAGGAAGCUUCUCAUUCACCAAAAACACGAUUUCUUUUUCUUCAUGUUUAAAUUAAUCCUAAAACACUUUGAUUAGAUGUUUUCUUUAUGGCCUAAAAUCUCAUUAGAAACGUCAGAAAACGUUUUUCACUUUUACUUCUUAAAAUCUUGUUAAUUUUCCCUGAAUUUCUCUGCUCAACAGAACCGCUGGACUCCGAUGGUUCUUUAAUGUCGCUUUAAUUGUUUUUGAGCACAAAACUCAUUCAACCGUCUUCCUGACAUUAAACUCAGUGUGGUUAUUUAAAGCCAUCAGAACCUGAUGUGACUGCUGAGUCCAGCUUAAAUAUUUUAAUAUUUUUCAUCCAUGUUUGUUUCAUAAACUGGAGCUGCAGCAUUUCAAUCUCAGGCAUCCAAAAACACAAUAAAUGAAAACCUGAAACACUUUUAGCUUAUUUAUUUCAACAGGUUCUGAAGCCUCCACUGAGCCUCGUUCAGCUCCUUGUUGUUGGGUUGCAUCCUUAAAUUAAACGCUUUAUCCACAGAGUUAGUUUGGGCUGAAAUAGCUGGUUCUAUUUUAGAUCCUGGCCCAGUUCCAUAAAAUAAGAGGAUUACAUUUUUGCAGAUUUAAACUUUUUUUCUCCGUGUUUUUGUCUGCCUUCAGGGACACGUCUUCAGAAAUCAGCCGUUUGAAUCAGUGGCGCUGAUCCGUAAAGACGUUAAACGGCUCCUCUGACCUUUAGUUGAUCAUGUUUUUCACUGUAAAAUAACCAGAUUUGUUCAAAUUGGUUCAAAAUGUUCAAGUAAAAAAGAGAAAAUGUCCUGUUUUAGGAGCUGUUUUUAUUUCUAAUCGUUUUGAAGUGAAUACAUUUUGUAUUUUCUGUGCAGGUCUUGAUGUCAUGAAACCUUUCUGGCAGCUGCAUGCUGGGAGAUGUAGUUCAGUCUGAUCAGCAGCUUCUUCAUUUUGUUGCUUUUUAUUUCGGCACAUCUCAGAACGUUUCUCAUCUCCUGGUUGGAUGUUUGGACCCGACACAUGGGUUGCUUAUGUAAAUAUUAGAACUUCUGUUUCUGGAUGAGAUGUUUCUAGAAAAAUGUCUCGUUUUGGGUUGUUUGUUGAUCUGAUGAUGCGAUCGCAGCGCCGUCACUCCGAUUUAAGGAGGAAACCAGGUGAACUUUCUGAUGUCUGUGGAUCUGAAGCCUGACUGGAUUAUUGGACAGAACAGACUAAUGACCUGAACCAGCAGAAUGUGGACCUGUUUGGUUUUGCCUUGUAGGUCCACUGUGGGAUCAAGAACAAUAAUAAUAAUGAGAAAGAUGA